UGAGGUCAAUUGUCGCUAAGACAGAUUUACUUCUAUUUUGUCUGUUAAAAUAUUAACAUGAUACAUUAAUCAACGAAGGUGUGCUUUCAACUGUAUAGUAAUCUGCAUGAAAGAUGCCGAAGAAAGUCUUAAUCAUUGGAUCAGGGGCUGCAGGAACAGCUGCUGCAUAUAGCCUGUCACGUUGUCCUGAGAAGUUUGAAGUCCAGGUCUGGGAGAAAUCCAGCGUGCCAGGAGGAGUAGCCACCUCCUCAGAAAUCAAGGGAGGAGUAAUUAUCAAUGAUGGAGUUCAAGGAGGAUGUCCAACAUACAGAAACCUCUUAAACAUUAUGAAGGAGUUUAAUCUUGAAGUCAGCCCAGUGAAACUGACAGUUUCUUUUGGCAAAGGAAAAACUGCCUGGACCAACUAUGCUCCUUCUGAAUUAACUGAAAAACUGAAGGAUGAUAUUGCAAGAUUUGAGAAAGUUCUUAAAAUUAUCAACAAGUUUGAGGCCAUUUUCAUUUUCCUGCCUAUUGCCAAAGUCCUGAAAUGGUAUGGCUUUUCUGAGGACUUUUGUAAUUACAUGGUUUUUCCUCUCACAGCUUUGUUUUUUGGGACGGGGAACCAGACACCUUUUGUCUCCUCAGCUAUAAUGGCCCGAGUUUUUCUUGAUGAUGAUCUUAGGCUGUUUGAUUAUGAUUCCAAGAGACUUUUAAGUCAAACGCCAGAAAUGUUUGCCUUUCCAAAACUUGAGGACAUGUACAAAACCAUAAUGGACAAUUGUGGUGUGAAGUUCCAUGGCAACAGAAGUGUGGAGAAAGUCAGCAGACAUCCUGGAAAAGUCAAAGUUACUGAUCACACAGGUAAAAAGGAGGAUUUUGAUGAAAUCAUAUUUGCUUGUGAUGCUGAAACAGUGUUGAAAGUUUUGGACAACCCAACUUUUAUGGAGCGUAAAGCCUUAGGAAAUGUUCGAUAUUUCAAUGAUCUUAUCAUAACUCAUGAGGAUGAAGAUUACAUGAACAAAUAUUACGAACUACACAAGGAUGUUGACCAGUAUUUUAUUCACACAGAUGAAGAAGAUCCAGAAAAAGUAGAGAUGUCUUUUAACUUGACAAAUUAUCAACCACAUCUGAGAGGAAAACAUAGCAUAAUCUACCAAACCAUUUAUUUGAAUGACAAACUUCGAUCAACUUGGACAGAGAAAGACCUUGAUCCGGACAAGGUCCUACUGAGGCGCUGGUGGCGACAGUUUGCCCACAGCUGGCAUCAUUAUGCCUUCGUGGUACCUCUUGUUAGAUACAUACAAGGGAAGCAGAACUCCUGGUACUGUGGAGCUUACACGCUGAUCAAUACUCAUGAAAUUGCUACGAUAUCUGGUCUAGCCGCCGCCCAUCGCUUGGGAGCACCUUAUCCUUUCCCUCAUGACAAACUCGCUGCAAAGCAGUUUGACCAGUAUCUCUUGGUUAUUCAUGGACAAGCAAGGUCAUUUGGACUGAACAAAAACACCAUGCUUAGCUAUGCAAUGGCUCCAUUCAUGUUACUGUUUGCUGGCAUUUCUCUUCUAGUUAACUUUCUACACAACAUGUUUUUUGCAUAAAAUGCCUUCUUUAUGAUAAGAAUUUUCAUAUGCCAGUCUGAUAUAUUAUUGUAUUAACUUAAGCCAAUUUACUUGUACAUAUGGUAACCAUGUUUCUUGCAUAAUAGAAUUGAAAAAGACCUCUGUGAUGAGGGAUUUACAUAAUUAUAUCAAUCUUAGAAAUAAUCUCUGUUUUCAAUCCAUAUAGUAUACAUGUACUGUGAAAAUAAAAAAAAUUUUUAAA